AUGGAACCCGAGACGAGUCCAUACGGGGAAAGCAACAGCGACGGCGGCUCAAACCCCCAAACCGCCAACGGCAACGACAACGGCAACGGCAACGGCGUUCCCACCAAACGUUCCCGCGUGCUCCUCUCAUGCGGCCCAUGCCGCACGUCCAAGCUGAAAUGUGACCGCUCCGAACCCUGCGGGCAGUGCCUCAAGAAGUCCCGUCCGGAGGGGUGCGUCUACGCACCCAAGCCCCAGAAGCAGAAGCCCACCAAGGGCAUGGCGGCCCGGCUCAAACGGCUGGAGGGCAUGGUGCGGACGAUGAUGGAUGAUGGUGCCUCGCUCCCGCAGGGUGCCACGCCGACGGCAGCCAGGGAGGAGGGCGUCGCGCAGCCCGGUGGCCAAUUCGUUCAAGGAGAGAGCUCGACGACGUAUGUCGGGGCCACGCACUUUGCAGCGAUUCUUGACGAUAUCGAGGACAUGAAGAAUUACUUUGAGGAGCCCGAGGUGAAUGAAGACUGGAGCGGUGAUAGUCCUGAUCAGACCGAUGAGCUCGAGUCGCCGGACGUGUUGCUUUUUUCGAGGAACAUGCCUCGUAACCGGGAAGACAUGAUGAGGCUCAUCCCCGAGAAGAAGAUUGUCGACCGUCUCGUCAUGAGAUACUUUUCCUCUCAAAGCCCUUCACAACGCCAACAUUCGUCAAACAAGUUCGUCAUCAAACCUCAAAAAAACCAUGAUGAUGCUAACCACUCUCGCCAGUACGCCAACUUCUGGAAGAACCCCUCCGCAAUAUCCCUCAACUGGCUCGCCCUCCUUUUCAUGAUCAUGUCCCUCGGCGUCUUCUACUCGACCUUCCUCGCCCCGCACGAGCUCACUUCCGACUCCCCGCUCCCGCCCAUGGACCGCUUCAAGCUCUUCCGCGCCGCCGCCGCGUGGUGCCUCGUCUGGGGCAAGUACACCCAGCCCUCCAUCGGCACGAUCCCGCCCUUCAUCCUCUACGUCGAGGCCGAGUUCAUCAUCUCCCGCGCCGCCCAGAUGAACUGCUACCUCCUCUCCUCCGUCUGCCUCCGCCUCCUCCUCAAGAUGGGCCUGCACCGCGAGCCCUCCAAGCUGACAAACAUCUCCGCUUUCGAGGGCGAGAUGCGCCGCCGCAUGUGGAACAUGGCCGUCCAGAUGGACCUCCUCGUCUCCUUCCACAUGGGCCUGCCCAGCAUGCUCAACGGCAUCGACAGCGACGUCGACCUCCCCCGCAACCUCGUCGACGAGGACUUUGACGAGCACACUCCCGAGCUGCCCCCGCCGCGGCCCCUGACCGACUACACCGAGAUGACGUACCCCAUCACCAAGUCCUCCCUGAUGCGCGUCUUCGGCCAGGUCGCGCGCCAGGCGCACCUGCUCGCCCCGCCGCCCUACGCCGAGGUCAAGCGCCUCGACGGCCUGCUCAACGACACCUGGCGCGCCGUGCCGCAGUUCAUGAUGGUCAAGCCGCUCGAGCAGUGCGUCACCACCCCCGCGAUGCAGGUCAUCCAGCGCUUCGGGCUGGCGUCGCUGUACAACAAGAGCAGGUGCGUCCUGCACCGCCGCUUUCUCCUCGAGCCGGUGCCCAAGAGGGAGCACGACUACUCGCGCUGGCAGUGCCUCGAGGGCGCCAUGACGCUGCUCGAGUUCCAGAACACCAUCUGGCACGCCUGCCGGCCGGGCAACAUGCUCGCCCAGAACGGGUGGUUCGUCUCCUCGCUGGCCGUGCACGACUUCCUGCUGGCGGCCAUCAUCCUGUACCUCGCCGUCGGGCACGAGCAGUUCUGGCAGGAGGGCGGCGAGUUUCUGCCCGAGUGGAUGGACAAGAUGAGCCCCAGGCCUACGAAGGAGCACCUCCUGCAUCUCCUGCAGCGGUCUUACUCCGUCUGGGUCAGCAUCGCCGCGGACGUGCCCGAGAUCAAGAAGACGGCGGACGUGUUGGAGACCAUGUUGGGCAAGCUGGGCUCGCCGCCCAGUUCGCCGCCGAAGGAGGACGGUGUGCGGCAGCCGGCUUCGGUGCAGCGGAGCGAGGGGACCGGGACCUCGGGGACGCUGUCCAGUCGCGAAGCCCAGCUCCUCACGAAUCUUUCACUCAGCGACGCGGCAUCGUUUCCUUCAAGCGUCACGAACCAGGUGACCAAUCACUUCCAGCCCCUGAGCUUUGUCAGCCCGGGCUUGGGAUCGAGCGACUCUGCUGCGCUCGACCGUGGAUGGAUCGAGGUUGGCAACGAAAUGGACUGGCGCUACUUUGAUAACAUCAUGGGCCAAACCAACAACGAUCCCAUCGGCGACUUCGACGCGGCCCAGACGACGCCGUGGUUUGACCGAGGACCGCUCCCCAACGACUUUGACUUCUCGGCUGCCGGGGCUUGGGACCCGAACAUGGGACAACAAGGUUGA